GAGAUCUUGGUCGUUCACGUGCUGAUGCCAAUCUCAGCCACGGUCCCCAGCAUCCUUUGGCAGGAGGACAACAAGGCGAGCUCCUCCACGCCUGGGCCUGGGCCUAUUCCAGAACUGCUCCCGUACGUGGACUCGCUGAUGAACCGCUUGAGGAGCAAGCUGUCCGAGUUGCAGCAGCAGGAGGCACAACACGCCAUCAAUGUGGAGGGCUCGCUGGAACUUGUCCGCCAACCGACCUCUCCGAAGAGCCCGACACGGAGGCGGGCUUCAGACGUGGGGCCCAUGAACCCCGCGACAAUGCCUAUCCUCCCGACCGAGCUGUUGAAAUCCCAGUGGACACGGCAAUUGAGUUCAGGCCGGUGAUGAUGGCGGGCUCCACACUCAGCCUCGACUUCUUCGAGGGCUCUGCUGGGGCGCGGCGUCCGAGGGUACUGGAGGUGGCGGAGAACCGCUGCAGGAACCUGGCGAGAGUUCUCAGUGAAAGCGUCUUCUCAGGUAUCCACUUUGUGCCUCGCUUCGGAGCCUCGAUUUCGCUUCCCUACGAACUGUUGAAGUUCGGAGAGGAGGUCUUGGAGAAGGAGAGUGAGGAGCUGGUAAUGCAGUGGAAGUGGGGUGAUCGACACCAUCGAAAGGACAAGUUCUAUGAGGUGCCGUUCAUGAUCUUGGAUCCGGACGAGGUGGACUGCCCCAUCGCCUACAUGUCACAAGGUCUCGAGGACCUGACUGGCUACUUCCGAGCCUGGGCCUUGGGGCGGCACUUCCGGUUCCUCCUGCUCCCGGAUGCUCUGCAAAACCGGGUCUUCAACGGCCAGGAGAUGGCGAGGAUAGAUGAUUUCUGCUGCAACCAGAAUAAGGACGCACCAACGACGCCUGCAAUCUCCACCACGCGCGUCUGCUGGGACUUCAAAGAAAGUGCCUUCCUCGAUCGGUCGCCGCGCUCCAGCAGCCCCAAGCGGAAGCGGGUAGGGCAACCUCCUCCGUCCAAGGACCUAGAUGUCCCAUGUCGCAUGCUGAGCCUGCUGCGACUCUUCGUCCCGAAGAACAAGAGCCCUGUUUGGUGCUGCUUCUACUUGAGGCAUGUGUGGGUGCAGGAUCCUUCCAUCCUGGAUCCGACUGCAGACUUCUGUGUAAAGCACUUCAUCUUCGUGGUGGUCCGCCCGCUCUAUACGCAGAUGCCGGCGCUAGAGGAUCUGCUGACCAUGGAUGCCCUUGAGACGAACCUGGAGCUUGGAGCCCACCUUCGGAAGAUGCUCCUGGAGAGGUCUCACAACGUGGCGUUGAAGGAGCGUGAGGCGAUCUCAACUUUGGACAAUGUGGUCCCAGAAUGGCUGCUCAAGAAUGGCCAGGGUGUUCCAAGCUGCAUGGUUGGCUGGCAUUUCGUGGCACGAAUUGGCCUAGCGGCGGUCCGGGACUUCCGAGGCAGCUGGUCACGCUUGGCCAAGACCCUUUUCAAGCUCAAUCCCGAGCCCACCGGGACGAAUUUGAUGGAGCAGAGCAUCAACGAUGAGGAGGAUGGACUUCUGUGCUGGGUGGCGGACGCUUCCUGCUGGGUGGAGGACACUUCGACAGACCGCAAGAUGGGCCUCCCACUUGUGUUCAUCAGUCAGUCACUCCAGAAGUUGACGGGCUACUCCAGCGAGUUUGCACUGGCUCGGAACGUGCAACUCUUUCAGCCGAAGAAGCAGCGCAUCGACCAAGCCAUCAACAACGAGGAGCCUCAGCGCAUCGAGGCCUUCAGCUCGCAGACGAGGUCACAUGGCGACAGCAUGGCCUGGGGCUCAAGUGCUAUAAGCGCACCCGUGGCUGUCCUCUGCAGCCUGCACUCGCACGGCAACGUCCCCCUCAGCUUUCGGGUGCUACUGCCCUAUCCCAUCUCUGCCCUGGCCUAUGGCCUAGACGGUACUAUAGGUGCGUUAAUCAAGCGCCGACAUGCAUCGGUAGAUGUACGAACCGGGUGUGCCAUGCAUCGUUGGCAUGUCGCUACGGCCUUUGCUGCAGCUGCUGCCGCCAUCUGCGUAGCGCUCCUCCUCAGGCGCGAGUCGCCUGCCGAAGAUGACUGCGACGUGCGCACGCUGCAGUAUGGCUCACCUGCAGCCCAGUCCGCGUUGGCUGAGCAUCUCUGGCGCAAUGUGCCCCUUCGCCUGACUGGAGUCCCACCACAUCGGAUGCCCCAGCUAACUGAUGACAAGCUGCGAACUCUGGGACACCGCGCGGUGGAGCUGAGGCAGAUGUCUCAAGGUGGCCAAGUCUCCAAGAAGGCGGUUAAACACAAUGCGACGCUGGCGGAAGCACUGUCGGGAGGGCCUUUGGCUGGACACUUCUAUGCCGCGCAGGUGAGCAUCCCGAAUUCUUUGCCCGAGCUGGAAGGAUCCUCGUCGCUGACGGGGAAGCUGGCAGAAGCUUGGCAGAAUGGUACUCGGGGAAGCCUUGAUGCGUCCCCAUACCUCUACUACCAUGGCGGUGGUGGCGAGCCAGGUCCCUCCCUCUACCUGCACUAUGAUGCUGCUGACAAUUUAGUUCAGGUGUUGGAUGGGAUGAAGGACUUUUGGCUCUACGAUCCAUUCCAAGCCGCACAACUGCUGUACGGCAGCAACAAUGAACAUGGAAAUGCCUCUCCCAUAAACGUCGAGUCCCCUACCGUCUUCGAGGACUAUCCUUACUUUCGCUUCGCGGUGCCGCGGCGUUGCCGAGUCCGAUCUGGACAGUGGCUCUAUGUGCCGCUUUACUGGUGGCAUGCUGUGCGCAGUGGGCCGGGCAGAACGGUGUCAUUGGCGCACUUCGCACACAGCACCAAGAAAAAGAAGGGCAUUUUCGAGAAGUUUCUGUGCGGCUACUCCGUGAAGAGUGCGCGCUUCGACUGCGGCACAAGAUGA